UACACAACAAAGUAGCUCGCUGUAUUUAGGACUCUUCGUUAAUAGUUUUAAUUCAUCUAAAAUUGUUUUAUUGUGUAAGUUCGUAGCAACAAACAAAAUUCCAGUGAGACAUGUAAAUAUUUUAUCGUUAUGCUGUGAAUCAUCUAACAACUUAACAAUCACAAGUGAACGUUCAUCCGCACAUCAUUUUAAACGAAACAAAAAAAAAUUGUGCAUGUAACAUUUUAAUUCAUUGGCAAGUGCAUUUACAUUCAUAAAAAAAAAUUAAUCGUGUACUGUAGUAGUUUGUGCCAAUCAAGAAUCGACUCACAUCACCCGCAAAUAUGCAAUUGUCUGAAUAAUUUGUUGAAAUUAUCAUCAAAUCGCUCAUUGAAAUAGACACACAUUCAUAAGCCCGAGCAGCUGAGAGUGAGUCAAGUGAAACGAGUCAAUAUCAAACAGUUCGACUGGAGAAAAAAAGAUUCUAGAGAAUCAUGAGUACAUCACAGAUUUUAACAAGAGGAGCAACGCAACGGGCCAAAAUUCAAACAAGAGCCAUGGUUAACAAAGAUAUUCAAAGUCAACAAGCCAAAACAAUGCCAUCGAACGAACUUCAAGCCACUGGGAAAAAGCCCAAUAUUACGCUCAACGAAGUCAAGAAAAAGGCACGAAGUUCCGCAUCGAAGUCGACAAAUGAAACCGUCGUCAAAGAUAUUUAUCAAAAUGCUUUGAGUGCUCUAAAAACCAAACGAGGUGCAACGGGUCUGGUGUUUGACAGACGGAUGGACCAACAUUCCUGUUUGUGGGACAAAGGCUAUCCAGAAUGCCCGGAAAGAUUUACUCGUGUUUUGGAAAGAUGCGAAGAACUGCAACUGAUUGAACGUUGUCAUGCAAUCGAGUCACGAUUGGGAACGGUUGAUGAGAUUCUAACGCAGCACACUCAAGGCCAGUAUGACAUUUUGAAAGCAACCGAAAACGAAACCAAUGAGAGCAAGCUUGAAGAGCUCAGUUCGCAUUACGAUGCCAUUUAUAUUCAUCCGACGACGUUUCAAUUGUCAAAAUUGGCUGUGGGGAGCACAAUCGAGCUAGUCGAACGUAUACUUCACGACGAAGUUCAAAAUGGUAUGGCAAUCAUUCGACCGCCUGGUCAUCACGCAAUGAAGGCCGAAUACAAUGGAUAUUGUUUCUUCAACAAUGUUGCCAUUGCUGCACAGCACGCAAUUGACCAUUGUGGUGCAAAUCAAAUUCUAAUUGUUGACUUCGAUGUACACCAUGGACAAGGAACACAACGAAUGUUCUACAAUGAUCCGCGUGUACUGUAUUUCUCGGUUCAUCGAUACGAGCACGGCACAUUCUGGCCAAACCUACGUGAGUCAGAUUUUGAUUGCAUCGGUGAAGACAACGGCACCGGAUACAAUUUCAAUGUGCCGUUGAACAAAACUGGCAUGUCGAAUGCAGAUUAUUUAGCGAUUUGGCAACAGAUUCUCUUGCCCGUUGCAGCUGAGUUUGCUCCCAAUUUAAUAAUUGUAUCAGCUGGCUAUGAUUCGGCUUUAGGCGAUGAAAAAGGAGAAAUGGAAAUCACACCGGCAUGCUAUGCUCAUUUGGUGUCGCCUUUAAUGACAUUGGCCAAUGGUCGUGUGGCAGUUGUAUUGGAAGGGGGAUACUGUCUCGAUUCACUCGCAGAAGGAGCAGCAAUCACACUUAAAACCCUUCUUGGCGAUCCGUGCCCCUUGCUAGAGCCACUCAACCCACCCUGCGACAGUAUGGUUGAGAGCAUAAUGAAUUGCAUCUAUAGUCACCGAAAAUAUUGGAAGUGUCUGCAAAUACAUCAAACCUACGAUAUGAAUGAAUUGACAAGCGAAUCGACUAAUUUGCACGUCGUGGAACAGAAAUUUAUUGGUUCCGGUGAACCUGUGCCAGAUCGGUUCGAGACGCGCAACUGUUACCCUGUACAGAGCACACAGCGACUGAAAGACAUUUCAGAGCAUUUACAAAAGCUCAAAUUAAGCACAAAUCUAUUUUCAGCGCCAAAUAAAGUGUGCUACGUGUAUGAUACUCAAAUGGCUGAGCAUCGAAAUCUGUACGAAGAGCACUACGAACGACCCGAACGAAUAACAAAGAUUCAGGAGACAUUCGCCGAAUACGAUUUAUUGAAUCGAAUGCAUCGAUUGAACACACGUGAAGCAUCUACCGAAGAGUUAUUAUUGAGUCAUACAUACACACAUGUGAAAAAUAUGCGCAAAAUUUCCAUGCAAAAUAAAAACAUGCAAGAAAUCGGCGACAAAUACAAUUCGAUUUAUUUCCAUGAAGCGACAUACAAGUGUGCAUGCAUCGCAGUAGGUUCAGUGCUGCAAGUGGUUGAGAACGUAUUGAAUGGUCUCUACCAAAAGGGCAUCUGUGUAGUUAGACCACCAGGCCAUCACGCUGAAUCAUCGUAUCCGCAUGGAUUUUGUAUUUUCAACAACGUGGCGUUGGCCGCAAAGCAUGCAAUUAACAAACUAAAUCUCAAGAGAGUAUUGAUUGUCGACUGGGACAUUCACCAUGGCAAUGGUACACAGCGAAUGUUUGAAGACGAUGAAAAAGUCCUGUAUAUAUCGUUGCAUCGUUACGAACAUGGAACUUUCUUUCCAAAAUCGAGCGAUGGCAAUUACACAGUUGUCGGAACUGGUCAAGGUGAAGGUUUUAAUGUGAAUAUACCGUGGAAUAAGCAUAAAAUGGGCGACAGUGAUUACAUUGCGGCGUUUCAACGCAUCAUCAUGCCGAUUGCGUACGAAUUCAAUCCGGAGCUGGUGAUUGUAUCGGCAGGAUUUGAUGCUGUUGUGGGAGACCCAAUCGGCCAUUACAAUGUCACUCCAGAGGCAUAUGGUUAUUUUACACAAUGGCUGUCAUCGUUGGCCAACGGUAAAAUCAUUUUGUGCUUGGAAGGUGGCUACAAUGUCAAUUCGAUAUCGCACGCAAUGACAAUGUGUACAAAAGCACUGUUGGGAGACCCAUUACCAUUGCUUCACACCACCGGAAAAGCGCCAAGCGAAAGUUGCAUUGAGACCAUUCAAAAUGUAUGCUCUGUGCAUCAAAAAUACUGGAAGUCACUUCGUUUUGUCAACAAACUACCAUCGUACGAUGUAUUUGCUGAAGGCACCAUCGAUGAAAUGACAAAACAAUUGAAUGCAAUGACUGUGUCGGACGAUCAAAACAAACCGUCAAGCAGCAAACAGUGUCAACUUGAGUCUGAACCAUCAACAUCAGGCGCUAGUGGUAGUGGAUCAGCAGGCGGCAAUACAAAACAAACGCUGACCGAGUAUUUGAGAGAAAAUAGGGACGCUCUACUGAACGAAGAGAUGUUUGCGGUGGUACCACUGAGCGAUUGUCCACAUUUAGCAACGUUGGAUUCAAAUUCAACACCAAGUGUGUUCAAUACAAAAGCACCGUGUUUCAAUUGCGAAACAGUCAUCGAAAAUUGGGUGUGCUUGUUAUGUUUUAAGACAUUUUGCAGUCGAUACGUUCAGGAGCACAUGUUAUUCCAUCACCUGGAAAGCGAACAUGCUCUUGCAUUAAGCUACUCUGACCUGAGUGUGUGGUGUUUCAAAUGCGAAAACUACAUUGAUAAUCCGAUCCUAUUUAAGUACAAAAAUCUAGCGCAUCGUGAUAAAUUCAACGAAGACAUGGUAUGGUGCUACAAUACAGAAACAAUUGUUUUGGACAACGCCACAACGUCAUCCUGAUUCGCGCACAAACCCGAAUUUAUUACAGCCGUGUCCGUAUGACGAUUAAAUGUGACAAAUUUUUUAUUUAUAUAGCCCAGAGGCAGAAUUUGGUCGAAAUUUGAACAAUUUAUAGGCCCUUGACCUAACCAGUUAACCAAAGAUAACCUCUAUGAACUAUUCAUUGUCAAAUGCUAAAUUCAAACUUUGACAAUAGUUUUGAUUUGAAAAUAAUAAUAAAAAAAAAUGUGUCCAAGGAGAAGAUGCUUGCGUUCAAAUUAGCUAAGAAGAGAAGACUAUUUUUUGUAGUUCAUAAAGAAACUGAAAAUGUUGUUAGAUUAAAUUAAUUUAUUAACAGAAAAAAAAUCAAAAUAAAAUACCCAAAUAGCUAUAGCAAAAAGAGAUUCAAAGGUAGUCGAUAUAAUUGUUGGACAAAUGUAUUUAACCUAGCUGAAUAAAAUACUGAUACAUGAUAACAGAAAAAUACAA